CGGGCCUGCGGGCUCGCUCGCGGGUCGGGCCGCACCGCGCCGCCGCUCAUCCGCCGCCAGUCAUCGCGCCUCCGGAGCUGAGUGCGCGCGCGCCGCUCGUGCUGCCUUUCUACGUCUUAUAUAUCGCAACGAGCUAAGUGUCCGGUCCCAUCUAAUGAUUAACUAACAACAGCUAUCUCCCGGCUGCGUCGUGCUGUCUAAAUAGUGCGUGUGUUCGUGUGCGUGUGUGUUUCCUUGUUUGCGGCGAGCGGCACCGGGGAGGGCCCGGCCACAGCCGCGGCUGGUGGCGCUCGUCCCCAUGUGCGACCACGGUGGUGGACAGUUGCAGGUGCCCCGUCGGUCGCGCACCCCCGCCCCCGCGCCCGCCGCCGCCGUCCUCGUCCCCCUCGCCGCCGCGCUGGUGCUGCUGGCGGCGGCAGUCACCGCGGUGACGGCGACAGCGGCCACACCUAAGAAUGCCACUGCGGUACAUAUCGCAGGGGAUGGUGACGUGCUUCCGGUGGUGGUCAGUGCGGUGACGUUUGAGGGCGCGGGCAGCGGUGUGGUAGCAGCGGUGGUAUGCGCCGCACUGGAGCGCGCCGGCGUGCGGGCUCGCGCCGCGCCGCCGCCCGCCGAGUGCGCGCGCCCUGACUCCGCCGCAUGUGUGAACGCCACACUGCGCACGCUGGUGCGCGGCGCGGUGCACGCAGCUCUGGUGCCAGUAGGGUCCCGGCCGCCGCCUGCGCCGCUGCUGCGGGACGCGGGGCUCGAGGAGGUAGGCGCGGCGGCGCCGCCCUCCCGCCGCGCGUGCUUCGCCACCGCCCCGCCGGCGCGCUCCCUGCUGGACUUCGCCGACGAACAGCUCGCCGCGCUCUACCGGCUCAGUCAACAUCAUCUGAUCACCAUUUUACAACAAAACAAUAUCGAUGGGAACCCGCAAUACUAUUGUGUUGCUUCCGACAAUAAUUCAACGUGUUCGGCGGGACGCUCGUGUGCAUCGGACGACGGGACGGCCGGGGCCGGGGCGACCAUCCUCACAGACGACGAAGGCGAGGCGGCGCUGCUGGCGGAGGUCGUCUGUCGCUGGAGCCUGCGCGCGCAUGUCGCAGUGCUCGGCGCGCAUUUGCUGCGGGCAGCCCUCGCACUGUCCGCUACACGUCCCGUGCUGGUAUGUGGGCGCGCACUCGAGGCACGCGACUUUAAGCCGCUCACCGUCCGCCCAUUGGCGCCACCACCGUGCACCCAAACAGAUUGUCCGUUCGAAUCCCGGCGCCUUGUCAAACUUGUCAACGCCCGUGCAUUGGCUCACUCGCCGAGCGCGUACCGAAUGCUCGGAAGACUUGAACUGAAUGAAUCCGAUAUACGAGAACUACAAAUGCGCGCGUCGACUGUGGGCGCUGAGGUGGCAGCCCGAGAGUUUGUCGCCGCGAGGCCUGGUUGGGCGGGGCCGCCGGGCGAGGUGCGCGUUGCGGUGAUGGUGCCCGCCACCACCAGCCGCGACGCGUUCGAAGUGCGCGCGCUGAGAGCCGCCGCCGAACUCGCCGAGCGGGACUUGCGCGACCAUCGCGAUAGGGUUCGCUUCAAAACGGAACUCGUUGACGACGGGUGUGCCGCGACGCCCGCCUUCAAAUACUUGACAGACGCGUUGGGUACGGAGUACGGAGCGCUGUCAGCCGUCGCAGGGCCCGCGUGCGGUGCAGCUUUCGCGGAUAUAGCGAGACAGAGUCCUGCGCUGGCGUUGCCGGUGCUCGCGUACACCGCGCAGGCACCGCCUACAGGCGCGGCGGGCCGGCUCGCCGUGCUGGCGGCAGGCGAUGCGCGAAUAUACGCAGACGCAUGGGCGUCGCUGCUCGCUCAUUUCGGCUGGCGCAGGGUGGCGGUGCUCAGUGAGCUGGCUACGCGCCCCACACUUGACACUACACGCUUGCGCGCCAACGUCAUCAUCCACGUGGAGCUCACGGAUGACGCCGAGGAAGUCAAUAUGGAUCUCAUCACGGAGUGGGCGGAGCGGGUGGCGCGUGAGCAGGGCCGCGUGGUGCUGGUGUGCGCGGAGGACGCGCGCGUGGUGCGCACAGCGCUGUGCGCAGGCGCGCGCGCUGGGUUGGUACCGGCGGCGGGCGCCGUGUGGUUACUGCCCGCCGCGUUGCCUCCACACUGGUUGUACCCCGCGCCCACCGACCGUCACACCUGUUCUCGCGAAGAUCUAGAACGAGUCGCCGAGGGGCAUUUCUCCGUGGCGCCUGAGUGGUUAGCCGGCUGGAGCAUUGCCGCCGCGAACGAGCAUCGGUCGUGGGUUGAGCGCUGGCGAGCUAUCUGCUCUCGCAUCCCGCGUCCGGCGGGCAACUGUCGUGAGCCCUCUGCGCACGCUGCGCUGCUGUACGACGCGCUUCGUGUAUGGGCGGCGGCGCUGCGCAGUCUUCUCGAGGCGCGGCCCGCCGCCCUCGACGACCUGCACCGUAGAGACAUUGCUGAGUCUCUAGUCGCAGACGCCACCAAAUCCGGUUACAAAGGGCUGACCGGUGUGUUCGAAUGGGCACAGGCGGGGGAAGCUCGAGUGCGUGCGGACGCGCUCGUGUUGCAGCAGUGGCACAACGGAAGCGCGGGGGCAGUGGGCAGUUGGCGCGGAGGCGCACUGGCGUUGGCGGGCGGCGAGGGGGAGGUGCGCUGGGCAACGAGCGAUGGACGCGCGCCCGACGAUGGCGGCGAGCGUUGCACUUUGCAACCUCUAGCGGAUCUGUUGCGCGCAGAUUGUCGUGUCGCGUUCGUGGCGGUGGCGACGGCAGCGCUGGCGCUGGCGGUGGCGGCGCUGGCUGGCGGUGCAUGGCACUGCAAGCGCCGCGCCGAGCGGGAGCUGCGCGCGCGCCUUUCGGAACUGGGUAUGCGGCCGGUGUGUCCCAAGCCGGGCGGACUCGACCGCUGGGAGGUGCCGCGCGAGCGCGUCGUCAUAAACCGUAAGCUCGGCACCGGGGCGUUCGGCACUGUGUACGGCGGACACGCGCUGCUGGCCGAGGACCGCGGCUGGACCGCUGUUGCAGUGAAAACGUUGAAGGCCGGCGCCAGCACCGAAGAGAAACUCGACUUCCUGUCCGAGGCGGAGGCGAUGAAGCGCUUCGAGCACAAGAACGUGGUGCGGCUGCUCGGGGUGGUCACCAAGACGGAACCGGUGUGCACGGUGAUGGAGUUCAUGCUCUACGGCGAUCUGAAGAACUACCUGCUGGCGCGGCGGCACCUGGCGAGCGGCGGGGGCAGCGGCGGCGCGGGGGACGAAGUGUCUGCGGCGCGACUCACGGCCAUGGCGCUGGACGUGGCGCGCGCCCUGUCGUACCUGGCGCAACUGCGAUACGUACACCGCGACGUGGCCGCGCGUAAUUGCCUCGUCAGCGCCACGCGUGUCGUCAAGCUGGCCGAUUUCGGCAUGACGCGGCUCGUGUUCGAGAACGACUACUACCGAUUCAGCCGUAAGGGUAUGCUGCCCGUGCGCUGGAUGGCGCCGGAGAGUCUGGCGCUGGGCGUCUUUUCGCCCGCAUCCGACGUGUGGUCAUUUGGUGUGCUACUGUACGAGAUCGUUACGUUCGGCGCGCUGCCCUUCCAGGGGCUCAGUAACUCCGAGGUGCUGCAGCGCGUUAAGGCGGGCCACACACUCGAGUUGCCCGCCGGACUCAAGCCCCAGCUGGAGGGGCUGAUCAAGUCGUGCUGGCAGCAGGAGCGGCGCGCGCGGCCCGGCGCGGCGGAGGUGGCGGCGUUCCUGGCGGACUCGCCGCGGCUGCUGGCGCCGUGCGUGGACGUGCCGCUGGACGCGCUGCCGCUGGAGCUGGCGCCGCGCGACCGCGCCGACGCGCGCUGGCUCUCGUGGGCCGCGCCCGCCUCCGCCACCACCGACACCACCUACCUCAGCGCCGAGGCGGCGCCGCGCGACACCGACUCCUUCUUGCCGUGAUCGCUCCGACGUGUCUCCGGACUUUAGACCCAUCGUUCAAUACAAUAUUCUCUGUACAUAAUGUAAAUAUUAUAUAAAUAAUUAAAUUAACUGUUCGAGGUAUAAAUUAUAUACGCAUUUACAAAAA